AUGAUAAAUCCAUUGAUGCAAAUUGUAAAAAUUGUGUAUUUAUGAAAGAGUUUUCACCGCCAAAAAGUUUCUUAGGAGAUUGUUUAAAAUCUUCUUAGGAGAUUGUAUAAAAUCUUCUCAGGAGAUUGUAUAAAAGGGAUGAGUCUGAAAUUGUUAAAACUCAUUAAAUACUUAAACAAGUAAAUAUAUAUAUAUAUACUUUUAAAGCUCAUUCUAUAAAUUAUAUCGAAAAUCCUUUAAAUUUUAGAUUAUAUUAAAACAAUAAAAAUAUAGGACCUUUUCUAUUUAGUUCAUCUCUGCGUGGAUCAAUUUUAAAUUUAAGAGUGCUAGACCAAGACCAGAACUUAGAAAACUGAAAAUUUAAUAUUGA